UAUCUGUUGACAGUUGUGUCUAAAGGAAGCUCAAAGAUUUAGUUUUAGCCAACUUAUGCCACAAGUGAAGAUCUAUUGUGCUUUUAAGCUGAAUUAGGACCGAUGUCCUAAACUCUUAAUGGUUUAAUUCAACCCAAGAGAUGGAUGACGAUGAACGGCAAAAGAAAAUAGCAGCUGGAAAAGCUAAGAAAUCCUCCAACAUGCCCCGAAGUCAGUCGCUUGCUAGCUACCGACAGAAGCGGGCGAAAGGCGACGGUGCGGGGGCGCCGAAAAAGACGCAGAAGAGGACGGGCCAGGCUGACUCGCAGAAUGACAGAGCGACGCAAGGCCGCCGCGUAGAACCAGCACUUCCUUCAGCCAGUGACAAAGAGCUGAACAAGAAGACCAACCAUGAGGAACCCCAGAAGCCGGAGAAAUCGGAGGUUGAGAAGAACCAACGACAGAAGGAUCGGCCCCCCAUCCUGGAGCAAAGCCUGUCCCCUGUGGAAGAUAUUAGAGAUGAGGAGCUCGCUGCACUCACUGGCAAAGAGCAGCUAAAGCAGUUACAGCAGGCUGUGGAGAAGCGUAAUGAGAUAAUUGCCAGGCUCAGCUCCAACCUGCAGGAGGCCCUGGCCAGCAGAGACCAGGUCCAACUGGAGGCACAGUCACUCGCUGGACAGAUCCAGGCGCUACAGAGACAGCUCCAGCAGACGAGUGUAGAGUUCCUGCGCAUCAAAAGUAAGUCAGGGGCCGAUGUCUUCAGCUUUCAACAGCAGCAUCAGCUUGGCCAUUGCUCCCAAGAUGCAGACAUCAAUCAUAAGGAGGCACCAUCAGGGGAAUCUGGGAAUGCAAGUCCUGGCUCCCAGUCAAGUGUUGAAGGCUCCAGCGCUGGCAUCGACAGCGAGACAGACACUCUUCUGCACAAUCUGAGGGCCGAGCUUGAAGAAGAGAGGGAGAACAGCCAGCGCAUAUGUGCUGAACUAGCAGAGGAGAUGGAGAAACACCAAUAUGUGCUUUCCCUGCUAGAGGAGGAGAAGAAAGGCAGGGAGGAGGAGCGAAAAGAAAGGGAGGCACAGCUGCAAGACCUCCAGACCCAGUUAAGCGUAGUCCAAACUCAGUGCCUUGAGAUGCAGCAGUACAAAGAGGAGAAGGAGAAGCUGAACAGAGAGGUGCUGGAGCUGAGGAAAAGACUUCAGGAGGAGGGCGAUGCAGAGAGGAGGUUAAGUGAGGAGGUGGCCAGCUCUGCUCUUCGUCUCCAGAGACAGGAGGAGGAGAUGCAGAGGCUCAAAGAGUCGCACAGAGAGGAGGUGGAGAGAGUCAGGCAGCUUUUGGAGGAGAGGGAGAAAGAGCUGAGGUUCAGAGAGGAGGAGGUCAUAGGACUCAAAGCUUCUAAGAAUCGGCAGAACCAAGCAAAAGCUGGUUUUAGUUAUGAUGAGAAGAUCAGUGUAGGUGAGGCCAAUAUGGAAAGUGGACCUGAUGACGACAGCAUGAAUGUAUCAAUACCUGGGGAUAUUCUGAUGGAGCGCUACCUGUCUUCAGCUCCUCUUGCACACUCACAAUCCUCAGUGGUCAAUGAAAGCUUUGAGCACUGCAGUCAGCUGGACAUCUCUGCAGAUUACAGUUUUGAGCUCAACAGUGAAGUGCUGGGAGACGAGCCUCUCUUGUCAAUCUCAAACCGGAUCCCCGAAGAAAGCGACAACCGCCACAACACCUCUACCCCACAGUGUUCCCCUGGCAUCCCCGUGGCUGAUGAUUCCCACCCUCAGUCUCCAUCUCAGUGGUUCCACAGCUCCACUGCCGGCGAGCUGGAGAUGAGCAAGCUGUCCGAGCAGCAGUUUGAGGAGACUGACCUGGAAAAGGAACUGCUGAAUCAGCAGUGUGAGGAGCUCCGCGAGGAGCUGGCUCUCAAGGACAGGGACUUGAAUGUGUUAAGGGAGGAAGUCAUCCAGAGUGCUGAAGAGCUGGAGGAGGCCAGGAGCAGGUGGGCCCAGGUAACAGAAGAGCUCAGACAGGCUCUCUGGGAACUUGACGAGGAGAAGGAGAAGCGGAGACACGUUGAGGAGGAGAUGAACUUGAAUGCCCACGAACAAGACAACCUGAAGAACAAACUCAGUGCCUUAAUGAACACAAGAGAAAAUGCAGUAAUGCUGACAGGAGAGGAAGCUGCUGAAUCCUCCCCACCGGCCCCUGCUACCUCUCCAUCAGAGGAGGAAGAUAAACUGGUGGGGGAGCUAAAAAAUGAGCAGGAGAAGGAGGCUGGUUUCCCGUCUCAUCAAAAACAGCAGGAGCUGCUGCUGUUGUCGCCGCAGGAGAUAAAGCAGCCUGCAAUCUCUGCCAAACAGAGCCCGGAGCUUAGAGAUGACAACCAGCUGCAAACACUACAGGCUCAAUGUGAACUUCUCAUGUCGGAGCUAGAGGAGAUAAAAACAACGCACAAAACCACAGCAGCCCUACUAGGCCAAAGGACUAUAGAGCUGGACAACACAUUAAAGGAGCUCAAAACUACACGUGCGCAGGUUCUGAAUGUUCAAACAGAGGUGGAAAGAUUGCAGGAGGAGCUGGAGAGGAGCCAGGGCAGGUUGGACACUGCUGAAACGGAGAAAAAUGAACUGGAGUCUCAGAUCUUGUGUUUGAGACAAAACCUGGCCAACCUGGAGGAGGCUCAGGUUCAGGCAGCGCAGGAGAGAGAUGAGCACAGGAGGAAAGAGGAGGAGAUGGACGACCGGAUUAAGAAAAUGGAACAAGUCUUAGAGGAGGAGCUGGAACAGUUUGAGAACCUGCUAAAAGCCAAGGAUGUUGAGCUGACUGAAGAGAAGGAGAAAUGGGAGGAGGAGAGACAGGAGAAGGAGAAAGAGCUCCUGGAUGUGAGGGAACACCUGGAGGAGCAGAGGAGGGAGAAGGAGGAGGAGGUGAAGGCUCUCCUGGAGAAGCAGCUCAUGGCUGUUGAGGAGGCCACAGAGAGGCUCAAGACAUCUCAUCAACAGGAGAUGAAAGACCUGAUGGAGAAACAUCAACAGGAGAUUACUGAGUUGAACACUCACCUGGAGUCAGAACUGCUGAAGCAGCGUGUCGCUAUGGAGGAGGAACAGAAGAGACAGAUCAGCUUAAUCAAACAGGUGACUGAACGUGAGCACGAGAGGAUGAUUUCCGAGCUGACUGCCAAACACAUUGAGGAGCUCAGUCAACUGAGGACAGAGGUGUCGUUAGAGCUGAGGGAGAGCAUGGAGGCUGCCCACCAGGCUGAACUGCAGCAGGUGCAGGUCCAAAAAACCAGCGAGCUUGAAACCUUGCGUCUGAGCCUGACCGGCGUCCACAUGUCCCAGCUGGAACACUCCCAGACGAAUUUGCAGCAUGAGCAGGAGGCUCUCACCAAGGUCCAGGCCUCCUUGAGGGAGACAUUUGCCAAGGAAAGUGCACUCCUGCAGGCCCGGCAUCAGUCAGAGCUGGACCAGAUCAGACGGCAGAACCAGGAGCAGCAGGAGAGACUGCGUGAGCUGCAUCAACGAGACAUGGAUGAGUUGAAGCAGCAGUGGGAGACUCGUGUUGCUCAGGAGAGAGCCGCCAUGGAGGAAAUGCAGACCGAAGAGAUACAGACUCUUAAGUCACAGUGGGAUAAGGACGUUGAGAGCAACCUCCGAACAUCUCUCUCAGAGACCCAGAACAGCCUCAGUGCCACCCAGACAGAACUCGCCAGCACCCAGGCCUCCCUCAACCAGACCAUUAAAUCUCUAGCUGAAGCCCAGGCAGCUCUGUUGCAGACCCAGUCAGACCUGCGGGAGUCAUGUGCCAAGCUGGAGGAACUCCAGACCACCAGUAAGGAGCAGCACCAGAAACUGGAGGAGGAGCUGACACAAGCCCGGGUUGACCAAGACACUGCUGCUCGUGCUCUGGAGGAGACUAAGGCAGUGCUGAAGGAGAAAGAGCAGCUAGCACUCCACCUAGAGGAGAAGGAGCAGCAACUGCAGCAGGAGGUUUUGCGCCUUCAGGAGGAGAAGACCUCGCUAAAACAGAGCUCAGAACAAGAAGUAGGUCAACUGUGGACCCAGCUGGAGAGCAUGAGAGCCAGUCGCCAAGAGUUGGGAGAGCUGAAGGAGCAGCUGCUUGCUCGCUCAUCUCGUGUUGAUGACAUUGAGCGCCUGAAGACAGAGUUUAAUGAACAAAAACGGGAAAUCAAACAGCAGAAUGAGGCUGAGCUGGAAAGCCUGAGGAGGUACUUUGAGCAGCGAUUGCGUGCAACAGAGGAAAGCUACAGAGAGGAGAUUGCUCUGCUCCAGCUGAGGCUGGUGGAAAGUGCCUUGGAGGAAUCUGUGCUUAAAACUGCAGAUGACAGUUUCAUAUUUCAGAGCCAAGCUGAGGAGGAAAAAGAUCGUGAGCUUUCUGACACUGGCCUCAAACUGGAAACACACCAGGCGCGUACAUUUUAUGAAGCUCAUGACAGUUUGCACCUUCAGCUAGAGGAGAAACACGCCAUGGAGCUUGCCAGUCUACGAUCUUCGUUGACUCUUUCCUUUAAGGAGGAGCUGCGACAGGUUCGCUCAGACCUCACUGACCACUACUAUGAGGAGCUGCAGGAGAAGAAGACUCGCCAUGCCCUGGAGCUGGAGCAACUCAGAGCCAAACUUUCUGACCGUCACUUACAAGAGCUCACCAGAGUUCGCUCGGAGGCAGCACAGCAGGUUGAGGUGGAGGUUGAGCAGAGGAUGUGGUGUCACACUGAGGAGCUGCAGACAAAGAUGACCACCAUCCACACCCUGGAGAAUAGACUGGCUGCCAUGAGUAAACGACAUGAUGAAGGGCUGCAAAGGAAUACACAAAAGCUGAAACAGGAGUUUGCUGUGGAGCUUGUCCAUGUGGAGGAGGCUCUGAAACAGGAGAGAGAAGAUGUGCAGGAGGAGAUGAAGAGGCUGAGGGAAGAGCUCCAAGACAAGCAUGAAGCUGAGCUCUCUGCCCUGAGGUCAGACCUGCAUGGAGAGAUGAAGGAGGAGAGGACACGCCUUGAGAAAGCACUUCACGAGGAGACAGAGAAGUUAAAGUCUCUACAGGUGGCACUGGACAACGAUGAGAGCCCACAGGUUCUGAUAGUGCGGCAGCGACUGAAGGCCCAGUAUGAUGGUGAGCUGCAAAGGGCAAAGAGCACCAUGGCAACAGAAAUCAAGGAGCUCACUAAGCUCCUCCAAGAGCAGGCUGAGGAGCAGCUACGCCAAGCACAAGAGAGGUUCCAAGAGGAAAAAGCAGCGUUGGAGGAGAGUUUGGCCCAAAAAUCAGAAAUCUCUCUGGCAGAGCUGAAGAACAAACAUCAGACUGAGCUGGAACACGAGCGAGCGACACUACUAAACAAACACUCUGAAGAGAAGGACGCACUCAAUGCCAAACACAAAGCACAACAAGAUUCACUCAGUGCCAGUCACAGGGAUCAGCUUGCAGCUACGGCCGCUGAGCUUGAGUCCAAACACAACGCAGAGCUCGUUGCCUUGGAAGCAGCCCUCCAUUCCAAACGAAAGGCAGACCUUGAGAGUCUGGAGGCCGUUUUUCAGGAGACCAAUCAGGCUCAGCUGGAGGCUUUAGAAGCGGAGUUGACUCGCAGACACCAGGAGGAGAGGGAUGAACUGGAGAAGAGGAUGCUGGGUAAUAUGGACACUUUGGAGGCCACAUACCUGAAGGAAGUGCAGACUCUGCGUGAUGAAAUUGUGCAACUUGAAGAGAAAUAUAGUCAAAACUUGAAUCGCCACAAGUCAGAACAUAAGCAGAUAAUGGAGCGCCACGCCGCAGAGCUGCUCUCAAUCAGAGAGGACCUGAGGAAAGAGCUGGCUCAGGUGCACAUAGAGAAGUUUAGUGCCAUGGCAGCAGAGCUCAGCCACGUUCACAAGACGGAGCUGGCUGCUCAGAAAGAGGCCUUAGAUACUGAACACUGCAAAGCCCUGGAGACCCUUAAGAAGCAGGUUUUAGAACUGGAGCAACAACACAGCACUGCCCUUCAGGAGCUCUCACACACCUGCGCCUCUGAGAAAGAGCAACUCAUUGCACAGCACCAGCGCCAGCUACAGGAGUUAAGGGGUGUCUCUGCUCGGGAACUGGAGGCAUGUCGCAGGGAGCUUGAAGAGGAGUCGUCGAGACAACGUCAGCAUUUCCUCGAAGAGGCGGAGCUCCUCAAAGUCCAAUCGGAGGAGAGACUGCAGGACAGGAUUAAUCAACUGAAGACGGAGUUUGAAGAGCAGAAGGAGGCGGAGCUCGAGGACCUGAGGCGGAGCUUCACAUCUGAACAGGAGGAGAAGGAGCGGAGCUACACGGGCAAAAUGAGCCAGCUUACUAUCCAGCUGCAGCAGCUGGAUGCUGUGGUGGCCCAGCUGCGAGCAGAGGUUGGCUGUCUGCAGGGGGAGUUAAAAGGGAAGCGUGCAGAGAUGGAGACGUUGGACACUCUCCUCCAGCGAAGGGAGCGAGAGAGUCAGGAGGGAGGCAACCUUCUGAAGAUGCUCACUGAUGACUUGCAGGCGGCUAAAGAGGAAAGACGUAAGCUGCACCAGGCCAAUGAAAAGCUGAAGAAGGUGCUGAUUGAGAUGAUCCGCAGCACCAUUGCAACAGAAGACCUGAUUGGACACAAGAUCAACGCCAAAGCCAAAACUCCUGAGCGGACGACCCUUCAGAAGAGCUCAACAGGGAACAAAGAUGCACAAGAAUCAGGUAUUUCAGUGGCAGACUUGUCUUCAGAGGACAUGGAGCUGACCCAGUUGCUCUGUGAGAGCCUACUGGUUUCAGAUAGUCAGCUCAAUCCUGGGGGAGAAGAAGCGGCCCUGAACGCCUGCAGUAGGCUACGUCACACUGUUGACACACUGCUGGAGCUGCUCAACCAGGCAAACACACAGCUGGAGCAGACUCAUGGUGUCCACCUUUCUCUGGAGGAGAAAUUCUCUCAGGGCAAAGAGGACUCAGCCCAACUCCUGAAGCAGCACAAGGUCGUACUGGAGCAGCUCGAUCAGGAGGCAAAACAGAAGAGUAAACUCCAGCUGGAGCUCCACAAGGCAGAGGGGCUUCUGGAGGGCUACGUGGCUGAGAAAGCAGCCCUAGAGGAGUCUCUGCAGCAGAAGGAGGCCCAAGAGGAGAGGCUAGUGGAGGAGUUGGAGGGCCUGAAGGUGAAGCUGCACCAGAUGCGGAGCCUCUCCACGGAACUGGACAACCUCAGAGCGAAGCACCAGGAGCUCAGCGAGGAGCACGCAUUGCUCCUGCGCCAGAAGGAGCAUCUCUCCACCGGUCUGGGGGAGAGGGAGAAAGCUCUACUGGCAGAGACAGAGCGUUUAACCCAGGAUAGGCUGGACUUGCAGCGGCAGGCAGAGAAGGACCACAGCUCUCUGUCGCUGCGCCUCAGGGCCCUGGAGAGGGAGCUGGAGGAGCAGGAAACAAAGGGCCUGGAGACGGAGCAGCACCUCAAGACCCACACCGAAGACCUCAACCAGCGCGUCCAAGCACUUGAGAAACAGCUGAAACACGACCGGCAGUUUAUAGAGGAGCAGGCUGUGGAGCGUGAACACGAGAGAGACGAGUUCCAGCAGGAGAUCCGAAGGCUAGAGGCUCAACUCAGACAGUCAGCCAGUGGGGAUAACAAGGGACACAGGUUUGAGGACUUGGUUCUGCAGGUGGAGAGUCUACAAGCUAUCAUCAAAGACAAGACAGAGGACCACGCCUCCUUGCUCGCAGCCAGUCAGCAAGCCCAGCGUGAUCUCACAGAGCGCAACGAAGAGAUAGACAAGUUAGCAGGGCGAAUCAGAGAGCUGGAGCAAGCACUGCUCAACAGCGCUGAGAGUAAGAGAUCCAUCAGUCAACUGGAACAAGAGCUCCACAGAGCAAAGUUGAGAGAACAGGAGCUCACACAGGAUAAGCAGGCACUGGAGCAGCAGCACCUGUCCAACAGGCUCCAGAUCUCCGCCCUGCAGUCCAAACUGGAUGAGACGAGACACUGUUACCGUGACAACGCCCGUGACCCCACCCAGGAGCUUAGCGAUGCCCUGGACGCUGCUCAGCAAAGCCUGCAGAGCAAAGAGCAAGAGGUCGAGUACCUCCUUGGCCAACUGGAGACGGUGCAGAGAGACUUGAGCAUCAAAGAGGUUGAACUAAAACACCUCACACUACAGCUGGAGCUGCUGACCAAUCAGAAUGCAGCUCAUGUUAACGAGCUCCAAGAAGAGAUUGCUGCUCUAAAGGAAAAUGUGUCUGUUCUCACCGUACUGAAGGAGGAGAGGGAGGAACAAAGUGAAGUGGAGGAUACAGAGGAAGAGAAUCUCCCCUCAGCCUUACUCCAGGAGAAGAAUCAGGAGAUUGACCACCUCAACGCUGAGAUCCAAAGACUGGAGCAGGAGUUGGAGAACACCAAGGACAACAAGGCUCUGGAGGCUGAGCUGGAAGAUCUGCGCACACAGGUGGAGCACUUAAAGUCUGAGGUUGUGAGAGUGCGUCAGGACAAACAGGAAGAGGAGGAGCGCCUUCAUGAGGUCAUCAGCACACUGCAGGCAGAACUCGCCACAUUAGGGCCCAACCUCCAUGAAGUCAGUGACUCUCAGGAGUGUGACAGCAUCACUCCCUCGCCGGCUCCCAGCCCCGAACCUCACCACUACACCAUCCAGGAACAAGCGAGGAGGGGAGGACCAAACAGCCUGAAGCAGGAGCUCAGUCUGAGUCAUUCCACCUCCUCACGCUCCCUUCGAUCUCGUUUCAAGGCCAUCCAGAGUCAGCUGGAGACUGCGGUGGCAGAGAAAGAGGGACUUGAGAGAUUACUGCUCACCCAGGAGGAAGAGUACAGAGGACACGGGGAGGAGUUCGGGAAGAGGCUGACAGCUGAGAGGGAGAGGGCAGAUGAACUCCAAGAUGUCCUCACAGUCAGAGAAGCUGAGCUGAAGGAAAUCAAAGCCCAGAAAGAAGAGAUGGAGAAGAGGAAAAUAUCUGAAGAGGAGAGGGACAGUCAAGCCAAAGAGAUGAGCGCCCUUCACGAGGAGAACGCCCACCUCAGCUCUCUGAUUACGGAACUGCAGAAGAAAGAACAGGAGAGCGCAAGCGUCAUCGAGACUCUAAAAACAAAAGAGCAGGAGAUGAAAAUAGAAAUGGAAGCCCUGAGAGAAACCAGUCUCACUCUUGAGAGACAAGUCCAGGAGGUGAGAGCUGAGGUGGUAGACAUGGAGGAGCUGGUUGCUGAGGAGAGGACAAAGAUUAUAAACCUCGAGACAGUGAAGGGGGAGCUUUCUGCCGAACGUGAGGCGUUGAGGAAAAGAGAGAGGCAACUCCAGGAGGAAAUUGAGAGACUCAGGCAGGAAGUGACCUCAAUGAAAGCCCGUAUUCAGGACCUGACAGUGACGCUUGAUGAGAGGGAAAACAGUCAAGAAGAGGCUCAAAAGGAAGUGCUGACCCAUGCUGAGGUGACCCUGGCUAAAGCAGACGCUGCCUUGAGACAGAGAGAGACUGAGCUCGGCAGACUGAGAGCAGAGCAUCAGGCUCUGAGGGCGGAGCUGACUGCGGUGAAACAGGGUCUGAGUACCAGUACAGAGAGGGCUGAGAAGCUACAUGAGGAAGGACAGACCAAAGACCGUGCCCUCGUCGACCUGGAGACUGACAACCAGCGGCUAAAGGAGGAGCUCCAAGGUCUACAAGAAGACCUGGCUGUACAGGAAGAGGAACUGGCCUAUCAGAAAAGAGAACUACAGCAACUCAGACAACACUGUCACCGGCAGGACGCACUUCCUCACCAACAAGGAUACCCACAAAAGGAUAUUUCUCACCGAGCUUUUGAGGAUGUUGUGAGCGUCUCUCGUGACGAAGCCUCCCUCAGUUCUCCAGAGGUUUUAAGGAGACUCGAAUGCUCCGAGGACAGACUCCCAGAACGAUUCCACGCCUCUGUUCUCGGCUCUCGUCUGUCUGAGUUGAGCGCUCUGAACAGCACGGGCGUGGACGUCCACCAGGUCAAGACAUCUCCCAGGGUUUUGAUGGAGCCUCCACCACACUCCAGGACCAUCACACCAGAUCCAGCCACACAGAGUACCCACUCCCCAGGCUCUGUGUCGGUGUCUGACAACUUCUCCAUGCUUGACUCGCUGGACACUGAUAAAGUGCAUGAGUUGGAAGAUCUUGACCUAACAGAGCCUCCAUCUCCUCUUGGCUCCACCUCCUCCAUGUCAGCACCAGAAUGGGCCAGUGAUGGAUAUGGCAGCAACGUGAGUUCAGAGUUGGGUGCGAGGCUGAGAGUGGAGCUGGAACAGACUGAAAGGCUUGAUGCUCAGUUUCUUGAGUACCUCCGCUGCCGAGGAAUGAACCCCACAGUCAACACAGACAGUGCUGCAGGCAGUAUGAGCUACAGUGAUGACCUGUUGUCACCUGAGCUUCAGGGUUUGUUGAAGAAAGUUUAUCAAGAAAGCUGCAGAAUUCUCACUCUGUCCCAACGCCGUGCCACGUCUUCAACACAACCUCAUGUCUCCGAUGUCAGAGCCUUCUCAUUGAGUCACAUAGAGCAUCACUCUAAAGAUAGCUCCUUUAUAAGGGACCGCCAGGACAAUUCAUCCUCCAACCCUCCCAUGAGCUGGCAGCAGGAGAAGAGGGCACUGCAGGAGACUGUGAUUGCUCUCAGAGAGCUGCUCUGUCGAAUGGCCCAGAGACACACACAGACUGACUACAGAGAUGAAGGCGACUGGCACAGAGAUCAACUCCGGACUGACGGACAGGUUGAAUCCCAGCUGAGGUCUGAGCUGGAGGAGAGCCAUAAACAGCUGAAAUAUGCUCACGACACUCAGCAAGAGCAGAAGAACAAAAUACAGUCAUUGAGGCUGGCUGUAGAGGAGGGUGAGGAGGCUCUUAGAAGGGAGCAGACCAUAGUCCAGGAGCUCCAACAACAACUGGAGCAGGAGAGAGCGCUCAGUCUCCGUAAGGACAGAGAGGUGGAGGAACAAAGAGAGGCUGUGCAUGUAUCUUCUGAGCAGCAGAGGUCAGAGGUCACGACUCUGAAGGGUCAGCUGGAGCAGGAGACGGUGGCCUGCAGCAACCUCAGGCGAGAGCUUCAGAUCGAACAGUCCCGCAGCGUGCUGCUGGAGAAACGCCUCACCGACACCCAGAAGGAGCUAGAAGAUCAACGCCAACUUUCUGCUCGCCAACAAGAGCUCAACUUGCAAGAUAAGACUCGUCUUGAGCGCCUCCUGACUGAAGCAGAGUCUCGCCUGACAGACAUCCACUCCAAGCUUGCGGAUGCUCACAGGAAGCUGGAUGAAGAGAGAGACCGUAGCUCCAGGCAGGUGGAUGAACUCAGCCGCAGACACGAGGCGGACACAGCCAGAGACAGGAAGUUCAUCUCCGACAUGCGCGCCCAGCUAGAGCAGGAGCGAAGGCAGGGGGAGGAGCUGGCAGCUGUGAUGGACAAACUGAGGGCGGAGCUUCUGCAGAGCAGGAGGAAAUGGGAAGAGGAGGACAGAACGAAGAGGGAGGAGCUGCAGAGGGAGCAGGAGGCUGCCACCCGACAUCGUGUAGCUAUGGAGACGCUGAAGGAGCAGAAACAGGAGGCCACCUGUGCUUUAGAGGUGGAGCGGGAGCGGUCCAGACACCAAAGGGGGGAACUGGCCGAGCUGAAGGAGAGACUGCGACUGCUGAAGGACAAAGAGAGGGAGAGGGAGGAGCAGUGGGACAGAGAGAGGAGGAAGGGGAGGCAGGAGCAGAUCGAGAGGGAGCGGCGACACGAGAGGACCAACAGCAAACUGUGUGAGUUGGAGUUGUUGAGGCAACAGGACCAGCAGCGCAUGCAGGAGCUGCAGCGCACUCUGUCUGAGCUGCAGAGGGAGGAGAGAGAGAUGGCUGCUCAGAGGCUGUCUGGACGAACCACAGAGCAGCAACACGCGGCUGCAUCUUCACAGCAGCUCCAAAGUGACUUCCCAUCAGGCAGCACACAGAAAAACCAGCAGACGCCGUCAUCGCCCAUUCUGCUGGAAAGGUUGUUGAAGGAGAACUCGGAGCUGACGGAGCGUCUGACAUCACUGAGUCAGGAGAGAGCCACCCUCAAACAUAGACUCACCUGCCUGGAGCGACAGCUGCGGCGCACCGAGAACGAGCUCGCCAAGGUCACCACAGAGACUGAAAACAGACCCAUCAAUGAUGUGAUGAGCAACAGCAAGAUUCAGCGGUUGUACGAGCGCUACCUGCGUGCUGAGAGCUUCAGGAAAGCUCUGGUGUACCAGAAACGUUACCUGCUGCUGCUGCUGGGAGGUUUCCAGGAGUGUGAGCAGGCCACGCUGUGUCUCAUUGCCCACAUGGGGGCACGGCCGUCACCCCCACUCUCCUCCCAGAACAGACCCCUGGGACGAUUCAGGGCUGCUGUACGAGUUGUCAUUGCUGUAUCAAGAAUGAGGUUCCUGACCAGGAAAUGGCAGAAAGCGAUCAGAAGAUUAUCUGUAUCUGGGACUGUCAAUGGGCACGCUGCAGGACCUAAAGCUGAAGUUUUAAGGCAACAACAACAACAGCCAAGAUUAAAGUUUGACUCACCACCAAACAGAGACAGUAGUGCCGUCCACAGAGACGCAGUGUCAGCUCUCGUCCCACCCGCCAAAUCACCUUUCAGGUUGCACAACAGGUUGCACUCCAGCAGUGCUCUGGCCUCGGGGCAUUCAGGAGGAGCGUCUCAGGAUCCAGAGCGAUCCCUGACAGAAUAUAUCCACCAUCUAGAGAAAGUCCAACAGCGGCUUGUGGGAGCAAGACAAGCAUCUGCUCUCCAGCCCGACCCGAAGUUAUCCGACCACUGAAUGAAUAAACGUCUGCUGUCUGCAUAUCCAAAAUUGUCCAUGCCUUACACCCAUGUAGAAAUAUGUAGAAAGAAAUAUCACACAUGUUGAUUUUUUUUUUAAUGACGUGAUUUUAUAAGUACAUAAAUUAUUUUUAAUAUUUUCUAUUUGUAAUUUUUCUAUUCUCUGUACGGGGGUAUUUGAAGGUCACGCUCGAGAUGUAACAAGAAAUGUUUUUCAUGAUUUUAAAUGCUGUUUGUUAUUUUUCUACUAAUGUUUUUAUACACGUUUGUGCUAUGUAAAUAGGACCGGUGUUCGUUGUACAAGCGUCCAAAUUUGCACUGAUUUUUACUGGAAGUCCACGAUCACCACAGCUUGUGAGCACAUUGUUGCAUAAAGGUGAACCAUAUGUGUUAUUUGUAUUAUCUAUGUUUCUACCAUAAAGUUGAUAAAUAUUUUAAAUGUGUUUACAAAGCAAACAGACUGGGUUUAUUUCAUGGCAGCUCUCAGAAUUUUCUUCUGCUGUAACAGACAAUAAACAAUGUACAGGCUCAUACAA